AUGACUGAAGUCAGAGACCUGCUACUGCCCCACAUUCGUCAGUUGAAGACCUACGACGGCGUUGACCCCAUGGAGGUAUUGGCGCAGAGGGCGGGAAUACCGCCAGAAGAAGUCAUACGCUUGAACGGCAACGAGAAUCCCUUCGGACCUUCUCCCGAGGUAGUUAAGGCUCUCGGCAGCUUUCAGCAUUACAACCACUACCCGGAUCCCGACCAGCGCCAAUUGCGGGAGGCUUUGUCCGGCUACUUGGGCGCCUCGCCGGACCAGAUUGUUGCCGGCAAUGGCAGUGACGAGCUUAUAGACAUGAUUCUUCGAAUGUUCCUCGGGACAGGCGAGAACAUUGUCAUUCCCACGCCUACUUUCGGCAUGUACGCCUUCUCCGCCGAGGUCUGCGGUGGAAAGGUAAAGUCGGUUCCCCGAAACGAGAUUUUCGACAUAGAUGUAGAAGCCACAGUUUCGGCCGUGGACGAGAAGACCAAAGCUAUUUUCCUGGCCUCUCCCAACAAUCCCACUGGAAACACUGCUUCAGAGGGGCAGAUUCGUGCCCUCCUGGCUACCGGCGCAAUCGUUGUUGUGGACGAAACCUACUACGAGUUUUGCGGCCAGACCAUGCUGUCCCUGGUUGAUGAAUUUCACAAUCUCAUAGUUCUGCGAACCUUUAGCAAGUGGGCCGGCUUGGCCGGCCUGCGCAUUGGGCUCGGGGUAAUGAACCCUGAUAUUGCCCUGACAAUGAUGAGCAUGAAGUCGCCCUACAACGUCAAUUUAGCUGCUGAGGUUGCCCUGUUGGCUUCCCUUGGCGACCGGCAUACGCUGCUAGGCCGGGUACAGGCGAUAGUUGCAGAAAGAAAGCGGAUGAUCGGCCUUCUGGAGCAGAUACCCGGUAUCCAGGUUUGGCCGUCCCAAGCUAACUUUGUCCUCUGUCGGCUGCCUGAAGGACGAGGACAGGAGAUUUUCGAAGGCCUAUGCCGCCGGGGAAUCUUCCUCCGUUACUUCAACACCCCACAGUUGCGAGACUACAUUCGGGCCAGUGUCGGUUUGCCGGAAGAGACCGACCAGGUUAUCAGGGCCCUGUCCGAACUGGUGGAGGCUUAA